AUGGCUACUCCUCCGAGGUUCCCGUCACUUUCUCCUGAUCAGAGUCAGAUCUCGAGCUACGAAGCGGACGGCAUCGAGCCAAACAACACAGACACCGAUGACUUUCAGCGUGGGGGCCAAGGAAUGUCAUCACGUCCACUUUCAGAGAUUACCUUGGUUGAUAAUCCGCCCCCGUUUUCUCUCAGCCAGAUCGAUGGAACCGACGCCCUAGAGAUCGUCCGACGUCCUGUCCACUUUCGCAUCGACGGAGACCACCAAGCCCGACUGCAUCGAGCUCUUUUGCGGAAGAGCUUGCGACCUUGCUUGAAGACUAUUGCGAAAAAGGUCUUCUUCCUAGGUUACUUUAUCUCCAAUGGCGCUAUGAUGAUUCGUAAGGCUAUGAUGACAGCCCACAACACACGAAUGCAAUUCAGCGAGGCCUUGGGGUGGACGUUUCUGCAUUUCAUGAUGCUGAUCGUCUUGCUGGUGCGGUGUGUUUGGCUCGACAUUCUCUCUGCUCCAAUUGGUCUCUCAGGCAGUGCCAGGGUUGCUGCUGCGUGGAUUGGCACCUCGCUUCUAGCAAUCGGACUCGGGGGUUUGCCCAUUUUCUUCAUCUAG